GCCACUAGUACUACGUGACCGCAACAGCGUGACAAUGAAGAAUGCCUUUUUCUGGGGCACGGACGUCGGAACGUACUUGUUCAAGGGGUUGGAGAUCAACUCGGUCGGGGGGCUGGUGGUGCUGUGCUUGCUGGUCACGUUGAUGUCGUUCGUGUUCGAGUACUUGAGGUUCUUGCAGACGAAGCACAGACAAAAGGAGCUGAUUUUGCGCUCCAAGCAGCUCAAGCAGAUCUGUACGACUGAGAGUGCCAGUCUGAUUAGGGGCAAUGUCGAUGAGAGGAACCCCUUGAACAUCACUUACAGAUACAGGGCCAUGCUUUUUGGCACCGAAGUAUGCCUGUGGUUGCUGUCUCAAAAUUUGGGGUAUAUUUUAAUGUUGACUGUUAUGGUUUAUGACGCGUGGAUUUUGGUGGCCGCCGUUAUAGGAGGCGGAAUAGGAUAUCUUAUUUUUGGACAGAAGUUUAUGAAGAUCAAUCUACAGAAUUGUCAGAUUAUCAGAGACACUUUUUGUACACAAAUAUGUGGGGAGUUAGGGCAAGAGGAAAGAGAUGGAGAGUCAACUCCAACAUUGGAAGGUCCAUCUACAUCACAUGGCAGCCGUGACUUGGAUGUUGGACCUGUAACAACUUCAGUCAGUGUUCAUGCAACUUGUCACUAGUACUUCGUGGUACUCGUUAUAUUUAACAUGUAUGGUCUGGUUUCUUUGUUUUUCAAAGUAGAAUUGUUGUUUAUUUGAUAAUGUGUAAAUUUAGCGAGUACUUUAGAAGGAAUAAUAAAUAUUGUGAUAUAUUAUAAAUAUUUCAGUUUAAUCUUGUUAUGUUAAUUAAAAUUUAAUAUUUGUUAUGAUUAUAAAUGCUCAUAUUACAUAAAGAUACAUAUUUAAAAUAUACAUUUUUACGUA